AUGGAGUCCACCAUGAAGCAGGCGAGGAAAGAAUACGAAGAGCAAGUGAGUGGCGGAGUCCAGCGGGUCCCGGAGGAAUGCCUGGAGAAGGCCAUCGGCCUGACCUCGCCGGCCGAUGCCUGCCGCGCCUCCGCGGUGUCGGCCGCGUUUCAAUCGGCGGCGGACUCGGACGCCGUGUGGGAGCGGUUCCUGCCGCCGGACUGCGACGCCAUGCUGGAGCGAGCCGUCCACCUCGUAGACUCCUCCUCCAAAAAAGAUCUCUUCAUGGAACUCAGCGACGAGCACGUCCUGCUCGACGACGGCAAGAGGAGUUUUGGGCUCCAUCGAUCCACCGGAGCCAAGUGCUACAUGCUGUCAGCAAGCGAGCUGGCAAUCGCUUGGGGUAAAAUCGAUCUUUACUUGAGAGAGAGGUUGGACCCGGAUUCAAGGUUCCCCAUGGUCGCGGAGCUUAUUUCGGUCUGCUGGUUCAGCAUCUUCGGCGUGAUCAAUAGCAGGGAGCUCUCUCCCAGCACCCACUACGCGGCCUACCUCGUCUUCAAGCUCACUCACGAUGCCUCUGGCCUCAGCUCCCGCAGUCAGAUAUCAUACGUUGAGGUAGGCGGCCAAGUGGUGGGGAGCGCCCGCACGGCGUCUUUCCAUCCAUGCAACCGUGCUUCCUGCAGCGGCGCCGCCAUCGAGGAGGCAUCAUCUUCAACGAUGAACGACAAUUGCGCCGUGAAUCAGCCACAUGAGCACAAGGAGGAGGACGAAGGAGGCAUCGUGAGGUACCCGCGCGAGAGGGUCGACGGCUGGCUGGAGCUAGAAAUGGGCGACUUCCACACCGGCACAGGUGAUGACGCGGGCGUGGAUGUUCGCAUGGAACUGCACGAGUUCGAGGAGCUGCAGUGGAAGAAGGGGCUCAUCCUCGAAGGAAUUGAGAUAAGGCCUAAGAAUUAA